AUGUCGAGCCGCGGCACCCUCAAGAACUUCUUCGAAGAGAAGGGCUUCGGCUUCAUCACCCCUGACGACGGCAGCGAGGACGUGUUCGCGCACGUGAAGGAGAACCCCGCGCUGAACGACUGCCAACAGGGCGACUCCGUGUCCUACGAUGCGGAGUACGACGACCGCAAGGGCAAGUACAAGGCCGUGAACCUGAACUCCGGCGGCGGAGGCGGCGGCGGCAAGGGGAAGGGGAAGGGCAAGGACAAGGGCGGCAAGGGCGGCUACGCGCCGUACGGCAAGGGCUGGCGUGCGCAGGCAGCCGCGCCUGGCCGCACAAUAGUCUUCCACCCUGUAGGUCGAGACGAUGAGGAGCACGUGGACCUCCGACGUCUCGAUUCUUUCGAAGACUCCCCCCCCCGUGAGCUGGGUCAGCACAUUCGCCUGCCGCCCGGCAGCCAUUUUGGCUCAAGCAUUUUUGGUCUCACGCCCUUCGCCCAGGCACUCGCUGGAGCCAUGUCGAGCCGCGGCACCCUCAAGAACUUCUUCGAAGAGAAGGGCUUCGGCUUCAUCACCCCUGACGACGGCAGCGAGGACGUGUUCGCGCACGUGAAGGAGAACCCCGCGCUGAACGACUGCCAACAGGGCGACUCCGUGUCCUACGAUGCGGAGUACGACGACCGCAAGGGCAAGUACAAGGCCGUGAACCUGAACUCCGGCGGCGGAGGCGGCGGCGGCAAGGGGAAGGGGAAGGGCAAGGACAAGGGCGGCAAGGGCGGCUACGCGCCGUACGGCAAGGGCUGGUGA